UUGCAGGCCUGGUUACUUAGACUAAGAAUCGAAGAAAUAGUCUGAAAGAAAACAAAAAUAAGGGUUGGAAAUUAGGCAUGAGUAGCACUUUGCGGCGCUUUAUAACACGUACUCCAUAAAUAUUUCAAUUAAAGCGAGAGAAAUUGCCAACAAAAUGACGUUCUACGAUAACGAAUUGAGUAUUCCUGAACUGCCAAAACUCGAGCUUGCGUUGGAUGACGGCCCCGACUGCUACCAGAGUUUGACAUAUUGGAGCACAAAAGCCUCCCAGAUUGCACCAGCUCUCUCAGCACUUGCCAAAAGUGUAGGUUCGUAUUAUGAGUCUGGCAUGGCACAUUAUCAGUCUGGCAUCUCUGUCAGCUCCGCUAUGGAGCAAGUCUCCAAAGAGUUCCAAGAUGAUCCAAAGAUGAGUGAGCCUAUUUCUAAGUUUUCAGAUGUCUUGCAAAGAAUUGAAUGUUAUCGUGACAUGCUCCUGAAUCAAACCAACCUUCUUAUGUUGCAACCUCUCCAAGAAGUUGCAAAAGAAUAUGAAAAAGUCAAGGACCUUCAUUUACAAGUUUUGAAAGCAAGGGAUGAGAUGCACUUGGCCUGGGAGAAAUUCUCAAGCUGCCCUAAUACUGCCAAUAUGCAAGAGCCAUCCCUGCUUGACAGAUGUGCCCAUGCUAUGUUCCAAACAAGGCAGAACUAUCAGCAGCUUCUCCUCAAGUACAUUGCCUCCUUGAAAGAGCUUCACACGGUCAGAAAGGUCACCUUGUUACAGAAAGUGUUGGAGCACAUGUUGGCCCAGUUUUCCUUCUUUAACUUUGGAUAUCAGACUCUCAAAGAUGUUGAGCCCUAUAUGAACGAUCUGUUCCAAGAGUUGCAUGAGAGACAUUUGAAAGAAGAGAAAUCAUUAAAAGACGAUGAGCGUACACAGGAAGAAGUUAAUCAAAAGAUCCUGCUGCAACACCAAAGAGAUGCUCAGGCAUUUGGGGAGCCCCCAAAUUUGGCGGUACUGGCUCAGACAGUAUCGGCCAUGAAUGCUGGCAAGUUCUUUAACAAGAUUGGGGACCUUUUCCAGUCGGGAUCUUUUGGCAGUAAGAAACAGUUGAAAGGUGCUUCUCCAAGUGAAGCAGGGGAGCAAGAGUGGGAAGUGAUAGACCCAGUCACCAAGGACAGACCAGAGAGACCCACAACCUUGGAAAAGCCAGCAGGAGAAACAAUGUCACCCAAGAAAGAGCAAAGUACUCGAGUAGAUGACGCAUCAGCACUGAUUAAAGAUGAGAACCAGGAAAAAGUGAUAAACGUGGUACCUGCAGAUCUGAUUAGUCCAACCUCUCAAUCCAUCCCUCGACAUACAUUGCCGGACACUUCAGUUGUGGUAUCUACGAUAAAUCGAAGCACCGCUAGGCCGUUAGAAUGGGACGGUUGCAAAAAGGGUUACCUCCGAAUCAGACAGAAGGCGUUCCCAAAGAGUAGAUGGCCAUUACUGUAUUUCAUAGUCGACAAGAAAAACGGCCAACUAUUGGCACAGGGCCAAGAGCAGGCGCAGCCAUCGACACUAGAGAGUCUGUUGUUGUGCACCGUCAAAAUCUGUGACGCGUCUGACGUUGAUAGGAAUUUCUGCUUUCAGCUCAUAUCUCCCAGUAGUGACCGAGUUUUUCAGGCUCUGACAGAUGCGGAAGUACAGGGAUGGAUAUCAGCCAUACAGGAAGCCACAGCAGACGCCUUGCGGAAUUCUAAAGCCAAGCUUCAGACCCUUGCCCGAUCUCAAUUGGACAGUGCGAUAGACAUCAAAAAGGAGCCUCGCUGUCUGGUGUUGAAUGCAGCCGAGAGAAUACGCAAAGUCGAAGGCAAUAAAUACUGCGCUGACUGCUCCGCUCCCAGGCCUGACUGGGCAAGCAUUAAUUUGGGCAUCACGGUGUGCAUUGAGUGUUCUGGUGUUCACCGCAGCAUGGGUGUGCACGUGUCCAAGGUUCGCUCGUUAACGCUUGACAAGUGGGACGGCGACACAGUUGAGUUCAUGGAGGCCAUGGGUAACACGAAAGUCAAUAAAAUUUUCGAAGCGAACCUCAAUGACUUCCCCAAACUGACAAGGGAUUCCGGCAAGCACGACAGGCAGGCGUUUAUCAAGCUUAAGUACGUUGAACAAAAAUUCUACUCACCCAUCCCGGCUGAGGGGCUUGACCCUGAAGUGGCUGAGGCGUUGAUUACAAGACCUGGGGAUAGAGAGGACGAACUGCUGGACAUCUCACAGGAACUCGAGGAUGAGCGGUCGUUGAUGGGUUCCAGUCCCCUCUGCUUAAUAGACGACUGUCAGGAUUGCAGCAAUCACCCGUGUCAGCAUUCUAGACAGUUUGCCGCCUCGCAGCUAGUAGUGAGCGACUCUGGAGGGGAACAGGAGGACACCCCCUCGACCACACCCAUAGAGCCCGAGAGUGAAUGCUAAUAUCUCACGAGCUAAAUGCAUCAACACCAAUAUACAUUCAUUUCAAAUAAGGCUGCGCUCAGAAAAGAUAUUGCUAGAAGUCGUUUUAGGUACGCUUAUUUGCUAAUUUAUUUGAUACACAUGAAACGGUUUGCUGCACAUGUACAUCUAUUCUAAGAAAAUGUCGCACUAGAGAACUACACUUUAGCGCAUUACACUUUAUUGUGAUCUGAUUCUAUUUUCUCUUUUGUGUUUUACUUUAUUACCCUUUGACUACCACACUUUGUUUCACGGGUUAACAGGUUAAUGAAAACCACUCUACUAAGAAGCCUGGUAACUGAUCAGGCGCGUACACAGGAUUCUUAGGGGGAGGGGUGCGCAGUCAUAGAAAAGACCCACUUUUUUGCCCCCCCCCCCCCCCUGUGUAAACGCCGCUGAUUGAAUUAAACAACUGACUGGAGAGCAUGUGCUGAGUUGGUUGAAUGUGUGGCGUUCAAGUGCGUUAUGAGAAAAAAAAUCCGAAGUUUCACCUUUUCGCGUUGUCAUAAACUUUUAGAAUUCUCGCCAGUUUCUGAAAGAAGUUCGAAGGAGUACGUAAUGGUUUGUUUGGGAAAAAUCCGAACACCAUGUGUUUUAUUAUGAAAAAUUCAAGGAUUCGUUUUUGUGUGCGAAUCGAUCCAGUGAUUCCAAGUUACACGUAUUGUUAAUUCGCUAAACUUCAACAAUUGACUCCGAGUGUUUUAUGGUCGUUAUGUUAGGGUAUUUAAUUUAAGAAACUGUCGAGUUAAUCUAAUGUCUAACCUAAAAGUUAAUGCAACACAAAUGAUUUCGGUCUUUUAAGUCAUUUUCGGUCAUUUAAAAACGACAGUGGCAUGUCCUUAAUAAAUUUACCAAAAGUUCUCUGUUUAAUGUCAAAUUUCAAGAUGCUCCCCAAAGAGCACUUUUGGGAAGUUGAUUAGAAUGUCUUAACAAUAAAAUUGUCUCGUCGUUUGCAAUUUCACUAAAUACUUGGUCGAUAGAUCAAGGGUGGCUUAAUAAGUACUAAAUAAACCAAAUAGUAUUUCACGAGUUUUUAAAAAUCACUGUCUAUCGCGUCUAUAAUUCAUUGAUUUUGGAAAUGAAAGGGAAUAAAGUAUGAUCAAAUGUG